AUGUCCUACUAUCCAGGCCAAGGGUACAACGGAGGAGGAGGCGGCGGCUAUGGAUACGGUCCUCCGCCAGGCCAUCCUCCCCCCCAGCAAUAUUAUUCUGGACCUCCUCCCCAGCAGCAGCGUUCGUACGGUCCUCCUUCUGGACCUCCUCAGCAUCAUUACGGUCCUCCUCAGCAACAUUACGGACCUCCCGGCGGUCCUCCUCCCCCGACAAACUAUGGUAGUGUUUCCAGAGGCUCUUCCCAAGCCCCCAAAAGAUAUCCUCCUCCUAAUUAUCCUCCUCCGCCUCAUUUAGAUGCGUACGGCUAUCCUCUUCCACAAGGUCGACAUCACCAUGCCCAACACGCUCGAUCCGGACCACCUCCCCCCGAUGUUCCUCAGCAGUUCGGCCACGGUGCCCCCGAGGGCUACACUUUCCAAUACUCCAGAUGUACCGGUCGUCGCAAGGCGCUUCUCAUCGGCAUCAACUAUUUUGGCCAAGAAGGCGAGCUGCGUGGAUGUAUCAACGAUGUACACAACAUCUCGGCCUUCUUGGUGGAGCGCUACAACUACAAGAGAGAGGACAUGAUCAUCUUGACUGAUGACCAGCAAGACCCGAUCAUGAUUCCCACUCGCGAAAACAUCAUCCGCGCUUUCGGCUGGCUUAUCCAAAACGCCCAACCCAAUGAUGCUCUCUUCCUUCACUACUCUGGUCACGGUGGCCGAGUCGAGGAUUUGGACGGUGAUGAGGAUGACGGAUAUGAUGAGUGUAUCUACCCAGUUGACCAUGCCCAGGCUGGUCCUAUCAUCGACGACGAAAUCCAUGCUCGCGUCGUAAAGCCCUUGGCUCAGGGUGUGCGUCUCACAGCCAUCUUUGACUCAUGCCAUUCCGCCACCGUCAUGGAUCUUCCAUACGUUUACUCAACCAAGGGUGUUCUCAAGGAACCAAACCUGGCCAAGGAAGCUGCAUCAGGACUUUUUGACGCCUUCAGCGCAUACUCUAGAGGAGAUCUUGCCGGAGCUGCUAGUUCAGUGUUCGCGUUGGCCAAGUCUGCCAUGACCGGCGAUGAGGUUUAUGAGUACAACAAGCAAACCCGAACAUCACCUGCUGACGUUGUUAUGUUCUCCGGAAGCAAGGAUGACCAGACAUCGGCCGAUGCCACCAUCAACGCGCAGGCUACUGGUGCUAUGUCGUGGGCGUUCAUUUCAGCACUCAAGGCGAACCCUCAGCAGAGCUACGUCGAGUUGCUGAACAGUGUCCGCGACAUUCUCGAAGAGAAGUAUACCCAGAAGCCACAGCUCUCGAGUAGUCACCCUAUUGACACCGACCUCUUGUUUGUUAUGUGA